AAGAAGAUAGUUCCCCAUGUGAGGCAGAGCACCGCGGGUGGUGGUCCUUCCACAACAGAGCGCCACCAUGAAGGCCUCCGGUCUGCUCAAAGAGUACAGCGUCAUUGGGCGCAAGCUGCCCUCAGAUUCAGACCUAAAUCCACAGCUCUAUAAGAUGCGCAUCUUUGCUCCAGACAGAGUAACUGCUAAGUCACGCUUCUGGUAUUUCCUCUCUAAGCUGAAGAAGAUGAAGAAGGCAAGCGGUGAAAUUGUUUCCAUUAACCUGGUUAUUGAACGUAAACCCCAAGUUGUCAAGAAUAUUGGCAUCUGGCUCCGUUAUGACUCUCGCUCGGGAACUCACAACAUGUACCGAGAGUACCGUGAUCUAACAGUGUCGGGCGCUGUCACUCAGUGCUACAGGGACAUGGGUGCUCGUCAUCGUGCCCGUGCUCACUCCAUUCAGAUCAUGCGGGUGGAAACUGUAUCUGUUGGCAAGUGCCGCAGACCACUAACCACUCAAUUCCACAAAUCCACAAUCAAGUUCCCAUAUUCAUCACAUACCAAGAAGAAGAAUAUGAAGAUGGAUCGUAUUACCUAUUGCAGACCAUCCCCCAAGACAUUCUAAUUGGGGUCCUAAAUAAAUGGUUAUUGGAA